UAGUCUUGCAAGAAGGUUCGCUACUGAAAAUUUCACAACCGACGCCAUCAAACGUUCGCGAACGGUUUGCCCCGAUGUGGCCAGAUCCCGCGUGUAAUUGAAUGUGAUAUUUUAAUUAAUUUCGCCUCCGUCAACUCAUGGCCGCCACAUCCUCGCAGCUUAACACAUCACAGUCGUAACCUAUCGGGGGUUGAACAGUAAGCUCGCUGAAACAUGUUUGAAUGAUUUCCUUCCCGCCUUUCGUGGCAAUACAAGCGCAUCGGAAUUGCAUCGAGAGCUACCAUUAUAAAACAAUUCUUCGAACACCGGUGGGCAAAGUUCUCACAGCAGCAUCGUACUCGGCUGGAAGCAUCCAGCGUAAAGCGUAGCUUGGCACAAAAGUAAAGCACUAGGAAGUGAAGAAAAAAAAACGACAAAAUGUCCAGCAACGACAGCACACCGUUGAACAGCCCGCGGAAAAUCUUCGGAAAAACCGCCACGCUCGACAAUAAUGCAAUGCUCGAGUACGAGAUGAACAAAAAUCUAGAUGUCAAGUACCGGGAGAAGGCGGAGAAGGAGCUGGGCGAAACGGGUGGUGAGCUGACGUACACGAAAAUUCGCCAGCUCCGGCAGCAGCUCAACAUAUACAACGAGAACCAUCAGCGGGCGCUGGGAUGCCGGCGGGAUGAUUCGUUUCUGUUGCGAUUUUUACGCGCCAAAAAGUUUGACGUCGAGAAGGCAUUCAAAAUGAUGCAAAAGUACUACAAGAUGAAGGAAGAGUACCCGGAGAUAUUCAAAGUGUCCCCACCGUCCGAGAUGAAGUUUAUGCUGGAGAUGCAAAUUCAAACCAUGCUUCCGAAGAAGGACGAACACGGACGGCAAAUCUACUUGUUUCGAGUUGAAAAAUGUGAUCCGUAUAAGAUUCCGGUGGAUUACGUGUUCCGCAGUAAUGUGCUAGCGCUCGAGGAUGCCGUCCGAAGUCCGGAAACACAGAUUGGAGGCUUAGUGGUGCUGCUCGAUAUGGCUGGACUUGGAUUUGCUCAUGCACGGUAUCUUUCACCUCAUCUAGCGAAGAAAACGGUGGAGGUGGUCCAGGAAGCGUUCCCACUUCGGUUUAAAGCGUUCCACGUGCUUCACGAACCGUUCUACUUCGACGCCAUUCUUGCCGUGCUGAAACCAUUCCUCAAGGACAAAAUCCGACGGCGAAUACACCUGCACGGUAAUAGCUUGAGCUCGCUGCACAAGUACGUUUCGAAGGAUCUUCUGCCGGCGGAAUACGGUGGCAAUCUUGGUCCGUUCGAUAACACCGAAUGGCGCCAGACGAUCCUGGACAACGAGCAGUACUUUAUCGAUCUGGAAACGUACAACCAUCUGUCGGAGAGUUGCUACCAACUGGGAGCCUCCAAUGGGGGCGACGGUGACGCGGAAAGUAUCGACAGUCUGCAGUUCGGCGACACCGAAACCGAGGACAGUGAGUUCGAUGAGGACGAUCGGAGGGUGUUGAGCCCAAAGCGUAACGCACGCUCGAUACAGAACAUUGAGGAGAUCUUCCUGAAAAAUGGGUACGACGGUAUGGCUCCGAGCGUGACCGGUGCGGAUCUCGAGAAGGAAGUGGAGGAGUUAAAGUAGAGUGAAUAUGAUGAAAUGCUCACGCUUAAAAAGUACAACACGGCGAAGGCAAGCGUGCUUUGAAGUUUGGAGGAUAUAAAAAUCAUCAUCUUCUUGGGCAUGAGUUAAGCACCGUACAAGUAUUCUACCUUCAAUAUCUGAUUGUUAGUUCGCUUUGGAGUAAGAUUGAAAUCUAGAGAAAUCCAUUUAUUGAAGAGUAAAAUUGGCAAAUUUUGAGGAAAGACAUUAAAGGAACUGUUAAAUAAAUUAAAACAUGCACUAGCAAAGACUCAAGCCACUGUCACUGACUUAAUUACUGAUUAGGGGGGCUUAAUGCACGCGUGCCGAGGCUAAUGGCGUUAGACUGUUAGCUUUCCAUGUGAUAGAGAAUGCGAAAGAACUGGUCGUGGCCAGCAAACAGAAAACAGAAGCUCCUUCUAGUGGGGGAUGUUUUCAAUGUCUAGCGAUAAUUGUAGUCAAUUUAGAAGGGGUUAGAAGAUUCUAUUUUUUCUAUCUGAAACGAACGUUCAGAAUUGACAGGGAAUGCAAAUACACAACAACACUUAUCAUUAGCUACACAAAACAAAAAAAAAGUUCGUCUUGUGCCAUGCAUUUUGUUAUUGGCACAGACUUUUUUAAUUCAAUUAAAUCAAUUCCGGAUCUGGAAUGCAAAUUGAGACGACAAGCUGUCAGUCAGGGCUUGUGGGAAAGUUUUCCUACGAGACCGACCCGAAAGCGCUCAGUGGAGAGCAUUUCAAACUUUAUCAGCACAGUGGGAGAGUUUAACGGAACGUAAAUUGUUUUUUUUGUUUUCUAAACUUAUUCAACGCUAGUCAAUUUAGUCUAAGUGCCACACUACUGCUACAACUUAUUCCAAUAUAGCUGAUAGGUCAUCGUGACGUGUAGAGGUGACAUGCAACAAAUCGUACACCAUACAUACACAGAACGUAGCGAUAUACGCAUCAAUCCCGCCCCAACAUAUUAUAACAAAAUGUUACAAACAAUCAAAUACUAGAACAGAGGAAAAACAAUCCGUAAUUCGUAUUUAGCUAGAGCCUGUUUGCUAUUCACAUUUAACAUCGAUAGAAAUAUUUAAAAUUUAAAACAAAACGAUGCAAGAAAGAUGAACCGAACAGUUGAAACGAAUUGAAACAAAAACACCUAGCGAUUGUUGAAUGUAG